CAUGCGGCCCUGUCGCAUGUGCCCUUGUCACCUGGAAGCGGCAAUUCCAAGGUUGACAGCCUUGUCAAGCGUUUGCAGCCGCAGCCCCAACGACAACCCCCCAUCUUCGACCUGCUCGCAGCCUCCAACGCCCGCCGCGUGGACGAUAUAGACAAUUCGGUGUCGAACACGCACCACAACGACUUAUAUUCCCGACGAACGGGCAUAACAAGCCCAAGAGACAAUUCCCAUGAUGAAUCGACCAGGCGCUGUACCACAAUCGCUCCGCGGCGUACCCGGCGGCGGAUUCGGUGGCCAGCAGCAGCAGCAGCAGCAACAACAACAAUCGGGUCGGGCCUUGGCGAAUAGGUUACCGAACGGGAAGAUAGGGCCGAUAGGAAAUGGGCCGGGGUGGUUCGGCGGGAUGCCUAUGGGAGGGAGCGCAAGCGUUCCCCCGGGCGCCGCCAGGCAAAUAGGGGGGAAUGUCAGCUUUGCGCAAAGCUUGACGGGGUCACAGCCGGCCACCCCUUUGGAUUUAUCGGAGUUUCCAUCCUUGUCCAAUACGUCCCAGCUCACCUCAACAGCGCAAACAUCAAUGUGGUCAGCACAAGGGCCACGAAAUCUCGGCGGAGGGAUACACCGAGGAGCAGGAACCCCGCUUUCAUCGCAGCAGACCCAGCAAGACGAUCUGUUUGCCUCCCGCCUGUCGACUGGCCAGGGUUCGUUCAGAUUUGGCAACCAAGGAAACACCGCGCAAGCGUCUCAAUCACUGUCGAGCGUGACCGACGAAUUUCCGCCGCUAAACCGUGCAGCGAAUGGAGAGAUCGGCGGGCAGGAUCGCGGGGGGAAUCUGAUGUCAAACCUGGGGUUCGGCGCUCCUGGUUCGGCGGCCGGGUCAGCCAUGCACGCCAGUCGCGCAGGUAACGGGUUAUUGAGUGCGCUCUCUGCAACGUCACGCACCGCAGACGUCCGCUCUCCAACUGCGAUAGGGCGACCCCAGGAUCUUCGCAGCCCGGUCGGUGAGGACGAACCGCGCCAGAAGCCAGCGGGUUAUCGCGAGGAGCCGGCGGACGGGGUAGGCGGGAGAAACCCCCUGGGCGCCAUCGGCAACGAUGCCCCAACAGGCAAAGGCAAGGACGAAGAGAAGCCACCAACCAACCAAGUACAGGAUCCGCUUGAAGGGAUGGCGCUCAUUGAUAAAUGGGGGCUUAAGGGUCUCCGGACCUUGAUGAACAAUUUUCCCGAUUACAACGCGCUGACAUGCGGCAUCGAUCCGUCGUUGCUGGGGGUGGACAUGCGUUCGACAGAUACAUUGUCGACAAAGGUCUAUUCACUCUUCGACGACGUUCCACCGAGAUCACCCGUGCCGAAGUUCCGUCUUCCAGACUGCUACCAUGUUAAGAAUGUGCAGCCGAUUGAGGCCAAGAUUUCGAGCUUCAACGAGGAAACCUUGAUGUGGAUCUUCUACAGUUGUCCACGGGACAUCAAGCAGCAGAUGGCGGCAAUCGAGCUAAACAACCGCAACUGGAGGUGGCACAAGAAAUACCAGUUCUGGUUGACCAAAGACGACAUCAUGGCGCCUCAAAAUCUCGGCCCUGGGCACGAGCGCGGCUACUACAUUGUCUGGGACACAGUCAACUGGCGCAAGGAGCGGCGAGAGCUGAUGCUGCAAUACGCAGAUCUCGAUACCACGCCCACUGCUCAGCUGCAAAGCUUAGGGGCCUGAAUCUUUGGAUCUUGCGUUGCCGAGGACGGCAAACGAAAACAAGGCGCACAAAGUGUCUGCACAGGGCAAGGCUGCAGGGAAACAGGGUUACGCAUGUUUGUAAGGUACCUCGUGCCUAGGGACGGGAGUGUCCCGCGGGAAAAUUAUGAAGCAGGAAUUGGCGCAAGAAUGAAUAUGACACGAGCGCCUUUCGGGGAUGCUCUUACAAUAUGGAUGCCCAGUUGAGGUUUUCAACUGGCUUUCUGAAAGGCGCGACGUCCAUGUCUUGUACAUGUAAGGUAGGUGCGGUACCUACCAGCAGCUACUUAUGUACGGAGGGAGUAGUAAGGUAACUCGAAGUCCGUAAUCAUUACCUACGGUAGGGAGUGAAGUAAUCAAAUAACAAAGAGGCAGGUGG